CGCGUGUACGAGCCUCCAACAAAUUGUUGGUGCUUCUGCUGAGUCCUUGAAUCCAUCGUCAACUUGAUUCUUCACCUGUGUCCUGUCAUAUCCUAUCCUAUCUUGUCCUUGACUUUUGACUCUUGACACUAUCCCUUUCUCCUCCUCGUCAGCAACCCAGCUCAUGUCUAUUUGGUCUCGAACUUUUCCUCCUUCGCCAUGAGUGUCUGAGGUGCUCCAUCUGCUCUGCUCUUCCAACACUUGACUGACCGCAGUCCCCGUCUGCAUCUCUCUCCCCGUCCCAUCUCUCUUUCAUACUGCCCUCACCCUUCUACCAAGGCGCAACCGUCAAAGCCACACAUAGACCUGCAGCCAUGUCACUCUUCGGUCAGCCACAACAAGCGCAACAAUCCACAUCGUCGCCGUUCGGAGGCUUCAAUUUUGGCAAGCCCGCAACACAGUCUCAACCUCAGCAGUCCGGUGGACUUUUUGGCACUUCAACAAACACUCAGACCCAACCACAACAAGGUGGCGGACUAUUCGGAGCCUCGACCGCGACCUCGAGCCAGCCACAACAAAGUGGUGGACUUUUUGGGGCUUCCACAAUCGCGUCUAGUCAACCUCAACAGCCUGGGGGACUAUUUGGCACAUCAACCAAUACUGCAAAUCAACCACAACAGGGUGGAGGCCUACUUGGUGGUGGAGGUGGUGGGCUCUUCGGUGCCUCGACUAACAAACCUGGUGGACUCUUUGGCGCAUCCACUCAAAAUCAACAGCCAGCUGGACAACAACCAGGGCAAGCUGGGGGACUAUUCGGGUCCAGUACUGCGCCAGGAUUGUUUGGAUCUUCCACCCAGACAACACAACAGCAGCCGCCACAAAGACCGCAAGAUCAAGUAUUGAAAUUCGGACAAUCACAACAGGGACAACCUCAAUCGCAGUCACUAUGGGAAGAGGGCCGGGGCUUAAAUGUCUAUCGAUCGAUCCCGGCACAAAUGAAUAUUGUCAAGAACAAGUGGGAUUUCACCAACACCUCAUCUCCGCUGAGAACGUACAUCUACCAACACGUGGGCAGUGAGACAGAGGCUCUGAAGUACCGACCAGGCCCUGGUGAGGAUGAAGACAAGUGGGAGGAAGCGGUGUCGAAACGGCCCGGUCCCGAAUGGGUGCCUCUUCUCGUCAAAGGAUUCUUUGAACUGGGAAGAAAGGCCCAGAUCCAAAUGGAGGCAAUCCAACGGUGCAAUAUGAUGCUGCAAGAGAUUAAUACGUCGCUGGACGAUCAACUCCACAAACAUCGCCAGAAUGUGGCGACGCGUCUGGAAGAGUGUAAGCGAAGACAGGCCGCGGCCGCGCAGAGAACCUUGGCCCUGGCAGUCAAAGUCCAGAUCCUACGCAAUCGGGGCUACGUGAUGGAUAAUGCCGAAGAGGAAUUGAAAACAAAGUUGGAGAAGUUGCAGCAAGACAUACUGGAUCCAAGUUUGAAUGCUCGGGAGCAGGAAAUCUGGGCCCGUAUGCUGAGCAUCCGAGAGAGGAGCAAGAGAAUCAAGGCCGAAAUGGAUAGGAUUGCUCCUGCCGCCAAGGAAGAAGACUCAAGCUUAGACGAGGAGACAACGCGAGCGGCCAAGAAGACACUAGAGGCGUAUGACAUACAACUGCGGCAUCUCCACAAGGAGUUGGAACUGGUCAAGGAGGAAUUCGAGGAUUGGAGUAGAAUCUCCAAGGACGAGGCCAAUGAUUUUCCUCGACGACGGUAACCGAUCAGGCCAUCCUCAACAAUCACGAUAUCCGCCGGGGGGUUGCUUUGACAGCUUGGUCAGCCGAUAAAACAUAGGCUCCGGGGAUAGUUGGCACGGGGUCUUGCAUAGCGGUCUUGCAUAAGAAAGCGAGACUCUGUCGGGAAAACGCAAGAAGCCUCUUUCAUAAUGAAUUGAAGAUCCUGUAUGUGGUCGAUUAUCU